GAUCAUUUUUUUUCCCUUAUAAUGGAAAAUGUGACAUCUGUAAAAGAAUUUACUCUGUCUGGGUUUGAUGAGAUAUUGGAUUACAAACUAACGUUCUUCUGUCUCACUUUAAUGUUUUACUGUGUUAUUAUUAUGGUAAAUGUUGCUGUCAUUGUUAUUAUUACCAUGGAUAGAAACCUCCAUGAGCCAAUGUACGCCUUGCUUUGUAAUUUGUGCAUCAAUGGACUUUUUGGGACGGCAGGAUUCUAUCCCAAGUUCCUUCUGGAUCUACUGUCUCAUGCGCAGGUCAUCUCUUAUGCGGCAUGCCUGUUUCAAGCUUUUGUAAUAUACUCUUCUGUGUGCAUUGACAUUUGUCUGUUAUCAGUGAUGGCAUAUGACAGGUAUGUAGCGAUCUGUAGACCCCUGGAGUAUCACUCUGUUAUGACCAGGCAGAGGGUCGCUCAGUUACUCACCUUCUCCUGGCUUGCUCCUUUGGGUCUUUCAUCUUCUGGUUUAAUAUUUGCUUCCAGAUUGAAGUUGUGUGGCUCCCACAUACAGAAACUUUACUGUGCUACUUGGAUGGUUGUUAAACUCUCAUGUGCUGCAACUAGUUGGAUGACUUCUACCAUACCAACUAAUAUAAGUGCAUAUAUAAUGAUUCUCUUCUAUACAUUUAUUGGCAUUUUUAUUGUUGGCACUUAUGUGCGGCUAAUCAGAUCGUGUUUUAAGUCCUUGGAGAACAGAGGAAAGUUCAUGAGAACUUGUGUCCCACAUUUCAUUGCAUUAUUUAAUGUGAUAAUUGCUACUCUUUUUGAUGUUAUGUACAUGCGAUACGGAUCAUCAGAUUUACCACAAAGUCUUCAGAACUUCUUGUCUGUAGAAAUGAUUAUUGUUCCUCCAUUGGUUAACCCCCUCAUUUAUGGUCUGACACUGACUCAAAUUCGUAACCAAAUAUUGCAUCCAUGUUUGCAGAAGAAAAGUUGA